AUGGACUACGACCAACAGCAACCUCUUGAUCCCGCAUCCGCACUAGGCCUAGACUUGACCGGUAACGAUCAAUUUCUAGAGGCACUCUUCCACGGCGACGAUGCGUCAUGGACGGACGAUCUGCUAAGCUCUGAAGCGGCGGGAGGAGCUAAUGUCGCAAUACCCUUCAUGAAUACGCCCACACCAAGUUUACCUCGCCAUAUUUCGUCAAAAACCGUCUCGGGCAGGCCUCGCGGACCUGCGGAUCUGAGUCUCGAGGCGGAGGAAUUCUUAUUGGAACUAUACAUCCAACAUGUACAACCAAUCUAUCCGCUUCUGCGCUUCUCCGCAUCGUCUUCGGGCAGAUAUGGACUCACUGGAAUGUCAUACCGUCUUCGCAUGUCCAUCUAUGCUAUUGCUUCUCGAUAUGCAUCAUCUCAACACCAAGAAUGGCUUUUAUCUCCUGAUUAUUUCGCCAUGAGGGCAGGGAAUUGCGCGAAUGCUACCAAACUAAGCAUAGACGAGCUCAAGGCGUCCAUUUUGCUCUGCCUACACAAAAUCGCCUCGGCAGUUACUUGGGAUGCCGUGGCCGAGAUGGCACGGAUCACCCGUAUGGCAGAACUUUAUUACCGUAUCAUUGCAGACCAAGACAAGACUUCAAGAUGCUCGCGCUGCCGAUACGAGGCCGAAGAGCUGCGGACCGUAUGGUGGUGUAUUUAUUCCUUGGACACAUGUUUCAGUGCGAUAGCGAUCAUCUCCCAUGCUAUGGCAGACCAUACUCGGGGUAAUAUGACGCUACCCGUCACGCCAGUGCCUGAUCUGACAAAACCUCCUGGCUCUCAGCAAAGAAAAUUGGACCAUGUCGGAGACUCACAGUUGUUACUUACACCCGACCUCAAGCUUUGGGAAAAUAUGGCUAUGGUUUUCUCCAAAUCGCCAUGCCGAGGUAGGACCUUAUAUAUCGUCACCUGUACUCUAAUGAGAUCAGUCACGGACCUCCGAACUUCUGUGAAACAAGGGUGUGGGCCGGCCUUGAAAGCUCGGUUCCAAGAACUGGAGAGUGAUUGCGCCGCAACCACACUUUCUCUGCCUGCCUGGGUCUUCAAGCCAGUUCGCAACCUGGGGACUGGGGAGACAGAAACAGAACACCGAGAUAGACUGGAGGCAUUGAUUGUCUGGCAAGGUGCCUGUUUGCUACAUGCUACCUUAGCUGUGCAAUUGGAUGGCACAAGUGCGAUGUUAAGCGAGUCAGCAUUCCAGGCGCAGUGGCAGACCGUGGUAGGGCGAGCAAACGAGGUGCUCCGCAUUGUCCAGAACUGGAAGCCGGACUACUUUGAGGCCAUCGAUUCGAAAAGCGCGUAUAUCAUCCUACUUACCGGUAUUGUGUUGACGCUCGACGCGGCAAUCCAUUCGGUUUCAACGUCAUCCAGUGCACGACCGUCGCACCACAUGGAUCUAUUAUUCCUUUUCUUGGGCCAAAUAGGCCGGCAUUGGCUCCUUGAUGUACUAAAGAAAUACUGGGCUAAGCCUCCACUGUGUCAAUCCCAUAAGUCGGCUUUCGAUUUUCUGUUGGACAUCGUGCUUAAUAGACGGAUUCACUUCUCUACAGCUACCCUAGCAAGCAACGGUAGUUCUCUAGACUCGAUGGAUUUAUUGUCAUUGUCCGAGAUCACAACAGAAGCAGAAGAAAGCCUGCAAGACGAAAUUAGAGGGGAGUUUUGGUCUAAUAAUGAGCUUGAGCUCGCGUGGGAUCCCUCUGAUGCAAUCUCUGGAGAGGUCGGCUCAUCCCUAGACUGGGAUUCCGUUCUUACAUAG